GAUUAGAGGAGUAGAAGAAGAAGAAGAGGAGGGGGCAGAGGAGGGGUGUGGACAAUGAAUGAGACUUUUGGGAUUUGUCCACACAUGCGUUUCUAGCCAGCAUCUCCGACUACUUCUUUCCACGUCUUCAUCCCCUCAGAUGUGUGUUUGGGUGCAGACGUGAUGAAGGUGUCACACUGGUGCCAGCUGGGUGUCACCAUCCUGGUUGUCCUGCUGGAACUGAUCGCUGGUCAGAUAUGCAGAUCCUUCAUCAUGCUGGCGGACGGUUUUCACACUCUCUUUGUCCUCAGUCGCAUGGCUCUGCCUCCUCCUCAAAACACAAGCAGUCCCUCAGGUCGGCGCUCUCAGGAGACCUCCGCGUCCCACCUUGAAGGCAGGCGCCGGCCAGUGGGGGUCUUCAUUUUGGCCCUGCUCCUCUUCUCUCUGUGCAUCUCCUGCAUAUUGGAAAUGAUCAGCUUCUCUAUUGAGGUCCACGGGGUGGAAUGGCCCUGGCCGCUGGUGGUGGUGGGCGCGGUCAGCGUGUUGCUCAACGUCGUCGUGCUUGCGUUGACCCUGAGGCGGGGAUUUGGAGCUCAGACUGGAGGGGAGCAUGAAUGUUAUAUUGCAGUCAACCAGAAAGCCGUUUCACAGGAGGGCUCUGAAGACCAGGCCAGCGUUCAGGGCGGGACAAUGAGGCGCUCCCUUGCCAAAGGGGGUCUCGUCUUAUGUAACAAGGCAGAAGGAGCCGCAGACAAAGGAAGCCCUCGGGAUGACAGGCGGCAUCCCCCUUGCGCAGUGAUGGUAGUGCAGGAACUUACCACGUCAUUGCUGGUCCUGGUCACUGGUCUGGUGCUGCUGCUAGCGUGCCCUGACUAUGGGCAUUCUCCAGGGCUCUGCAGGUUCCUGGUAUACCUGGAUCCCAGUUUGGCCAUCUUGGCUGUUAUUGUCCUUGUCUCUAGAGCUGUACCACAGAUAUACAGUUACGGGCUGCUGCUGAUGCAGGCCACACCUCCUCAGUUGAAUAUGUCGGACCUCAGGGAGAGGAUCGGGAGCGUACCCGGGGUGGAGGAGGUACACGAGCUCCACAUCUGGGAACUGUCCCGUUCCCAGUCAGUGGCCUCGGUCCACGUACGAUGUCAUGCCAGCUUUCCUGUGCGCAGGUGUGCUGAUCUGAUAUCGGAGGUCACCAAGGUGCUAAAGAGUGUCGGGGUGAGCAGCUGCACAGUACAGCCCGAGUUUGUCCUUUCGUCUUCCCUCUCCGGUGGUGCGGCAUGCCCACCUGAGGUUCCUGGCUGCAUUUUGGGCUGUGCUAAAGUCUGCGAUGCUCAUGUGUGCUGCCCACUGCCAUAGGACCCUGAAAAUGAAACAUUGUGAAAUCAAGGCAGCCAAAUGAUGUCGCAAUGGGGGACAUUCAUGAACGGAAAGCUUGUCAUAUAUAUCCUUUGAAUGUGAUAAAGUAACUUCUGCUUUGCGUGGGAGUGGGAAGAGCGGUUUACGGAGAGGCACGGUCUCCAAUGCUCUAAAAAUAAGGUGCUUAACAAUCUAAUCAAUGUGUCAGU